AACGCAGUCUUGAAUGAACAAGAUCAAAAGACAUUUACUAGCUUUUUAGAUGCUUUUUCUAUGGACAAAAAUAUAACAUUACCUUCAAUAGAUCAACAACAGGAAGAGCAACGAAGACAUUCUAUUCUACAGGCAUUAGAUGAACAAAAAAGAUCCUAUCAACACAAAAGAACACCUAUCUAUUUACAGGACACGAACACACGUAAAAAGAAAUUGUUAUUAACAAAAGAAGAAAAAAGACAAAAUCAUCUUGCUUCUGAACAAAAGAGAAGAAGCAAUAUUCGUCAUGGUUUUAAAGGACUCAUUGAGCUUGUUCCUUCACUUCAAAAGAUCAGUAAUUCAAAGAGUACUGUGCUGACAAAAGCAGCUGAAUUUAUUCAACAUUUGGAAAAACGCAACACAUAUCUGACUGAAAAACUAAAUACACUUCAAUGGCGUGUG